UUCCACGGAUAAUUAAAAGCCGAAUAACGUAUGAUGGACGAAGGAGACCAGAAAACCUCUGAUAAUCUUCUAAAGGAUGAAGUCGUCGAUCAUGACGAUGAAUGCGAUGGAGAAUGUUACUUUGAUGAAAAAUACCAGACAACCUCUGAUCAUCUUCUAAAGGAUGAAGUAAUCGAUCAUGAUAAUAAAUGCGAUGGCGAAUGUUACUUUGAUGAAAAACACCAGACAACCUCUGAUCAUCUUCAAAAGGCUGAAAGCAUCGAUUAUGAUGACAAAUGCGAUGCAACAUGUUACUCUGAUGAAAAAAACCAGACAACCUCUGAUUGUCUUCAGCAAGAUGAAGACGAGGAUCAUAAUGAUUAUUACUUUGAAGAAAAAUUGCUAGGCUGUUUUUUACCUGAGGAAGAACACAAAUUCACAUUCUUAAAAAAGCUAGGCAUGGUGGUCGGAAUGAUGCUGUUUGUGAUAGAUUUUGUGCUCGACAUCGUUGUUUGUUAUCAGUACUACAGAAAAGGAGAUAAAGCUUAUUUUGGAAUAACAGUAGCAAUAAUUAUUUCAUCAUCACUUCUACAUACGUUAUGGAGUCUCUUUUGGUACUUGAAAUUCGAAAAGGGAUUUGUAAGCGUCACUAGAUGGAUAUUUCGUGUGAUUUUUUUAGUACUUCCACUGUCUCCAGUUUUAAGAACUUUCGAGGCGUUUUGGUAUGGGAUUAAGUUCCAGAGGAGUAACAAAGAAAGUAGGAACUACUAUUACGAUCGCUUCUGCAGUUGCUUCUUAAAUGCUGUUGAACUGCGAUUAGCUGAAUCAUUCAUGGAGGCUGCUCCACAGUUGCUAAUUCAAGCGUUCAUCCAGAUUAGGAUUAUCCCUAGAAAUGCUUUGUACCCUACAGGACAAGCCUACAAAGACUUUAUUGUGCGAAUCGUGUCAAUAGUUUCAUCUCUUCUAUCCUUGGCCUGGUCUCUGGUCUGCUAUUACGAUAGGCUGUUUAUGGAACACAGGCUGUGUUUUAAAACGAAGAUUAAAAUUCUUAUUUUCCUAUGGCAGUUUUUCAGCAUUGCUUCCCGUAUGACGGCGCUCGUUCUUUUUGCUUCUUUCAAUCUGGAAGUAUUUGGUAUCUACUGUGGACUGCGGGUAGUUUUUGUAAUAUCCAUAAAUUUGGGGAAAGGCGGUAGAAUCUUCAAGUGUAACUGGUAA